ACGAUCCAGCCAGUCGCUAGUCGCGUCGACGAACUGGUACGAACGCGACGAAUUGCCGGCUUCGUCGCGCUCGUUCCAUCAUUUCGCGUUAUCGUACCGUGAUCAAAAAAUUAGAUUAUAAGAUAAAGAUAAAAAAUAGUAACGAGAUAAUCAAUCGAUUUAUAAACUCCAUCCCACUUUAUAUCGCAUAUGCUGAUAAAUAGUCUCAAUUUUUCUCAAUUUCCGCAAUCGCUUCGCCGCAAUCGCAGAUCGCGUUUGCCAUUAGCACGAAUUUACACAGAAGAAUAAAAAUCACUGUAUUUCAGUAGCGAAGAUAUCGUACUAUCAAAAUUGUGGCCAAGAUGUGGUCUAUUCUGCUGGCCUUGGCAGUGACCGGUGCACUUGGAAAUGUAGUGAACGUCCACGUCAAUAAUGACACGGUGUCGAAAUUCGGCUUCGAAGUCGAUUACGACAACAAUCAAUUUUUACUCGAUGGCAAACCGUUCCGAUACGUGUCCGGGAGUUUUCACUAUUUCCGGACUCCCAGGCAAUAUUGGAGGGAUCGUUUGAGAAAAAUGAGAGCGGCUGGAUUAAACGCUGUGUCCACUUACGUAGAAUGGAGCCUUCAUCAACCAACUGAAGAUGUGUGGCGUUGGACCGGUGAUGCGGAUUUAGUAGAAUUUUUAGAUAUUGCCCAACAGGAGGAUCUGUUUGUCCUUUUGAGACCAGGUCCUUACAUUUGUGCAGAAAGAGACUUAGGUGGUUUGCCGUACUGGUUACUGUCGCGAGUACCGGAUAUAAGAUUGCGUUCGACCGAUACACGAUAUAUGCAAUACGCGACAACAUAUUUGAACGAAGUAUUUAAAAGAGUGAAGCCAUAUCUCCGAGGAAACGGAGGACCAAUAAUAAUGGUUCAGGUAGAAAACGAGUAUGGUAGCUAUGAUUGCGAUACGGAAUACAAGAGCCAACUGAGGGACAUUAUGAAACAGCACGUCGGAACGAAAGCACUUUUGUAUACAACGGAUGGACUGAGCCCGACUAUGAUGCGUUGCGGGUCUGUGUCAGGAGCUUACGCCACUAUCGACUUUGGGGCAAACACGAACGUGACGAAAAACUUCGAAAUAAUGCGUUUAUCUCAGCCCCGGGGGCCGCUUGUAAAUUCUGAAUUUUAUCCUGGAUGGCUGUCACAUUGGCAAGAACCGUUUCAAAGAGUGAAAUCGUCGUCAGUUGUGAAAACUUUGGAUGAAAUGUUAUCUCUUGGUGCUUCUGUUAACAUAUAUAUGUUUUAUGGCGGUACAAAUUUCGGGUACACCGCUGGUGCCAAUGGAGGCGGAAACGAUUACACUCCACAAUUAACUUCCUACGAUUACGACGCUCCAUUAACCGAAGCCGGUGACCCAACACAAAAGUAUUUAGACAUCAGAAAUGUUAUAUCUAAG